GAUCAGUACCUCUCGAUUCUAAAAGAAUAUCCAACAAGAUGAUCCUGACUUUUCACAAAGUGUUCGAUCUACUCGAAUUGGCGGGAAAGGUGACGUGUACCUGGCCGGAAGAUUCGAACACCAGCAAAUGGACAAAUAUUUUACGUAAUUUUCGUUGGAUCUUCGCGUUGAUCAAUGUGGUCGUCUUAUUGGUAUCCUUAGCGUUGGGUGUCUAUCACCAUCGAAGAGAUUUCCUCCUCCUAAUGAAAACCAUGUCCGAGGUCAGUGCAACCCUGGAUGUAUUCUGUGACCUGAUCCUCUGCAAAAUGAACAGCACCCAACUACAGAUUUUGAUUCAAAGAAUCAGGAAGUAUUUGGAGACGGCAGGCGAGUACGAGAAUCAUGUUGUACAAAGCUACCUGGAUCGUUACAAAGAAUUUUACUCAGUGAUCGUAGUAGCUUACAUUGCAACUGGGAUUUUCUUCACAUUGGCGCCAUUAUUCUUGGGCCAAAAUCUACCAGCGGAUGGUUGGAUCCCAUUUUCCACCGAGUCCUUUGGAAUAUAUUGCAUAGUUUACUUCGUAGAAGCCUAUUGCAUCUGGCAGGCAGCACUCAUCUUCGUCGUCGACAUCAUGAUUGUUACUCUCUUCUGUUUCACCGCUGCCAGGCUGGAUAUAUUAGGCUCGAAGUUGAAACAAGUAAACUGCCGCGAGCUGCUGGUAAGCUGUAUCAAAGAACAUCAAGAGAUAAUAAGAUUUUUGGAAGAUACCGAAGACGCUGUUCAAUUUUUGCUAUUUAAAAUGAACGUCACGAUUGGGAUCGCUGUCGUAUCAGCAACUUUCCCAAUGCUUUACAACCAAUCGUUGGCUGUAACGGGGCAGUUUUUGUGUAUGCUUGUAUCAGUCUGUGCACGAAUGUACAUUGUGUCCUGGCCGGCUGACGAUUUGAAAGAAAGUAGUCUACAAUUCUCAAUCUCGGUUAACAAUAUUCAGUGGAUAGGAAAGUCACGAAAAAUGACAAACAUCGUAUUGAUUAUGAUGCAAAGGAGUCAGAAACCAUUUCUGGUUUCAAUGGGUGGUUUGUUUCCAGCACUUUCAUUGGAGUAUUACUCGCAGUUUUUGACUACCAUGUCUUCCUAUUUUAUGGCAAUGAGAACCAUGAUAGAACCUUAA